AUGAACAAGUGUUCCAUUUGUUCUGAUCAAAGAAGAACCUCUGAAUCUCCAGAGGAGAGUGGUUGGACUAUGUACUUGGAGGAUUUCUCAGUCAAAAACAGCAGAGAACAAUACAGUUAUUGCUCGUCUGGUUUUGAAAACUCUUCUCUGGUUUCUGAUGCUGCUAAUAAUUCUUUGGCCGGAAAAAGGUCUGAAAGGAGUGAACGAGGUGGAAGCUUGUCUAUGGUUAAAAGUAGAAACAGAUCGAGCUUCAAGAAGAGGAAAACAAAAGGAGCUUUUGUAGAUGAUCACGAUGCUUUAGAAGAUACUGCUAGUUCUCCUAAUUUGAACAGUACCACUCCGGCCGAGGAGAAAGCUGUCCGCAUUUCAGGAAAGAUAGACGAGAGAUCAUCAACUGAAGUAGUGGAUUUUGUUGAAAGAGAUUGUUGCGACUGCGCAGAAAUAUUGAAGAAGAGGGGCUUUUGCUUAGUUCCUUUCUCUAGGAUAAUGAACUAUUUUGGAUGAUUCCAGUUUCCUCAUGAUCUACACAAUAUAUAUCAGUGCAUCUCU